AGGUGUUGCGGCAGGCGCCAUUUUCUGAGCCGCCUGUCUCGGGUGCCGCCAUGUUGGUGAGGAGAAAUCACCGUUACGGCCACUGUCCAAAUCCCCGCGUCGCUGCACGCCGCCCGCCGGCUCCCACGCCUCAGCCUCCGGCGGCGAAUACAGACUAGAGCCGCAGCGCCGGCAGCGCGGGGCCGUUGCCCAGUCUUUGCAGUUAGAGCCCCAUCUCUCUGGCGUGGUUGUUAAUAGACUGGAAAGUCUGUGUCUGUGUCGCUCACUAGUAACCGUGAGUUUUUACCACUUCGUCACCUGUCGGCGGCGGCCGGGAACAGGUGCCCGCCGGCGGCGCAGGGGUCCUCCCCGCGCCCCGCCGCCGCCGGCCUCCAGACCUGCCCUCCAGCCCCGCCCCGUUCUUGACCAAACAUGACAGACUCUGAACAUGCAGGGCACGACAGAGAAGAUGGUGAAUUAGAAGAUGGAGAAAUAGAUGAUGCAGGACUUGAAGAAACACAAGAUCAGGAAGCAAAAGAGAAUGAAAAACAGAAAAAUGAGAAAGCCUACAGAAAAUCAAGAAAAAAACACAAGAAAGAAAGAGAAAAGAAAAAAUCUAAAAGGAGGAAACAUGAGAAACAUAAGCAUAACUCUCCAUCCGGUGAUGAGAGUUCUGACUAUAGCCUGGAUUCAGAUGUUGAACAUAUGCAAAGUUCCCAUAAGAAAAGAACUAGCUUCUACAGGGAUUAUGAUGUUCCAUUUUCUCAGCAUAGACGUAUAUCAGGAAGUCACAUGACAUCAAAGAAGAGUCAACAUAAAAAAUUUAAUAGUAAAGAAUAUGCUGAGUCCAGUUUCUACAGUGAUGACUACUUUGGUAACUACAGUGAUGACAACUUUGGUAACUAUAGUAAUCAGGAAGGAGAAGACGAUUAUUCCAGUCAGCUGAAAUACUAUCGACAAUCCCAGGAGUCAGGGUCCUCAUUCUCUAAAGAAUCAGGAAAGAAACUGAGAAGUAAAGGAAGCCCACCAGGUACUGAAUAUCGGGUUAAAAGUUUUGAUGUUAGUCAUGAACAUCUUUUGCCGAAGAAAAUCAGAAGAAAAGAACACUGUGGGUCACGAGUCAUUAAAGGGCCUCAUGUCUAUUCAGGAAUGGAUGACUUUCAAGAGUACAGCAAACCAGGGAAAAAGUGGAAAGUUAUGACUCAGGAGUUUAUUAACCAGCACACAGUGGAACACAAAGGAAAACAGAUCUGUAAAUACUUCCUGGAAGGGAGAUGUAUUAAGGGAGAUCAUUGUAAAUUUAAUCAUGAUGCAGAAUUGGAGAAGAAAAAGGAGGUCUGCAAAUAUUAUUUACAGGGAUAUUGUACCAAAGGAGAGAACUGCAUUUACAUGCAUAGUGAAUUUCCUUGUAAGUUCUAUCAUAGUGGAGCAAAGUGCUACCAAGGAGACAAGUGUAAGUUUUCCCAUGAUGAUCUGACUAAAGAAACAAAGAAACUUUUGGACAAAGUGCUGAAUGCGGAGGAAGAACUUGUAAAUGAAGAUGAAAGAGAAUUAGAAGAACUUAGAAAGCGCGGCAUAACUCCUCUCCCCAAACCACCCCCGGGAGUUGGGCUUCUCCCGACCCCAUCAGAGCAGUUUCCCUUUUCUGAUCCUGAAGAUGAUUUUGAGACAGAUCUUUCUGAUGAUAUGAAGAAAAUUCCAUCUCUUUUUGAAAUAGUUGUAAAACCUACUGUGGAUUUAGCACAUAAAAUUGGGAAGAAAACACCAGCAUUUUACAACAGUACCUCACCACCAGGACCACAGAUUGAGGAAAGCAGUCACUGUCCACAGCAUAUGUACAGUUCUGAGUCAAGUCCAGGUCCAGGAUCUAAUGUUCCUCAAGGAUAUGACAGUCCUGUGAGGCACCCAGGCUCGCCUGGACACCACCCAUGUGUAGGACCUCCUGGUCCACCGGUGCAAGAGAACCCAUCUUUGCCACCCAGUUCAUCUGAAAUUGUAGGCCCUCAUGGUCAAGGUGGAGGGCAUGUUCAGCUGGACACACCACCAAGUAUGGGUGGAGCUUACCAUUCCCCAGAUUUUCCAGGACACCUGAUGAAAGUCCCUAGAGAGAGUCACAGCUCUUCCACUUCAUUGUACCAGCAAAUGCCCAGUGAGAUGCAACUCAGUGCCAACUCUGAGUCCAUGCAAGGCUCAACUGAAUUUUUCGAGGAUUACUACCUACAGCAUGCUGCACAUAAUUUUCAAUCACCUGAUAACUCUGCUGAAGAGCUGUGGCGUGAAGAGUUUGCACAGCAGCAGCCUCCCGUCGCUCAUGACGCACCGCCCCUCAGGAGUGGGCCCGAUUCCAGCAGCAGUAAGACAAGUCACUGCCCUCUGCCUGCUUCAGGGCUCCCUCCUGCAGUGCAGAGAGCUCUUUUCAUCCCAUUGACUCAGAGAUACCAAGAAGAUGAAGAACCAGCUGGCACCCAGCCUCAUAGAGCAUCAAGCAAGGAAGAAGAUGAAACAGUUAACUGGUAUUCCAGUAGUGAAGAGGAGGAAGGGACUGGUGUCAAGUCAAUACUGAGGACAUUACAGAAACAAACAGGAACUCUGAGAAAUCAGCAACAGCCUCCCACAGAGCUCAGCAUUCCUACUGAUCCAAGACUUGCUAAAGAGAAAAGAAAAGGAAACCAAGUGGUUGACCCAAGACUUCGGACUGUCCCAAGGCAAGAUACUAGAAAGCCACAUGAGUCCGUCCCAGUGGAUCUUAGACUUGUAUGGGAUCCCAGGAAAUUAAGAGGGAGUGGAGGUGCUCCUGGGGCCUCUUCAGCUAGUGGAGCAAAGAUGGAUUUACGUCAUACAAAUGCUGGUGCAAAUCACAAACCCAAAAGAAGAGAUGAUGAUGAAGAAGAUACAGAAAGAGAACUGAGAGAAAAGGCCUUCUUAAUACCUUUGGAUUCUUCACCUGGCAUAGUCCUCCAGGAUCCAAGGUCACAGUUAAGACAAUUCAGUCAUAUUAAGAUGGACAUUAUUCUAAACAAGCCCAACUUUGCAAAACACAUUGUGUGGGCUCCAGAAGAUUUACUUCCAGUACCUUUACCUAAACCUGAUCCAGUAUCUUCAAUCAAUUUACCUCUGCCCCCACUUAUAGCUGACCAGAGGCUCAGUAGAUUAUGGAAUACAAAGAGUGAUCAUCAGGGUGUCCUGUCCCUUGAUCCAACAUCAUCAGCCAAAGCCAAAAUGAGUCUAAAACACAGAGAGGGCUGCUUAGAGCAGUCUGGAGACUUACACAGUUCAGGAGGUAAACUAGGAGACCCUAGGCUGCAAAAGAAUUUUGAUCCUAGGCUUAAUAGACUACCCAGUACAGAGUCUCAUCAAGUGGCUUUAAAGCACUCACAUUCAUCAAGGAGCGCCCUGCCCUUAGCCAGAUGGAACCCUGCUUUGUCACAGUCCUCAACAGCAGCACCCAUUAAUGUUGCUCCUGUGACUCUUCCCCUGUAUGCCCCCAAACUCUCUUCAGAUGGCCUUCCACUGGGAACUUCAAGUUCAGUUCUUAGUGGCAUCAAUUUGUAUGAUCCUAGGGAUAAGGGCUCAUUGUCUGCAACAGAGCUGUCAACCAUUUCUUCAGGAGAAAAUACUGAGAACCAGAAAAAAAAUGACUUAAAAAAUAGUGAUAAAAACCAGCCUUCCCCCGGAGAAGUGAUCAUACCACAGAACACUACUACAGACAUGGAAGUCCCUGUUGAAGGGCCAGUCGACACUCAGGCAGAUAUUCUCAGGAGUGCUGAUAAGGUUCAGGUCCCUGCUGUGCACAGUCUUCCUAUUCAGGCCUUAACAGGCUUGAUCAGACCUCUAUACAGUGAUCCAAGGCAAGCAAGAGAGCCAGGACAGGCAAGCCCAACCCCAGAUGAUGAUCCUACUACAGAAACAGACGACAAAUCUCUGAAAGAGGUUUUUAAGACGUUUGAUCCAACUGCAUCACCAUUUUGUUAGCUGUUGUGUAAUUAAGCCAUUCUCAUGCUAACUAUCACAGUUCUCUGCUGUUUUGUAACUUGUUUACCUCUAUAGUUUAUUUAUUUUUUAAAUUAUACACAUUUUUCAGCUGCUAGCAUCAGAACCACACGAACUUAUAUCCUCUAAAGUCUGUGGUAUUUUAUAUAAUAUUUUUAUAACUUCAAGAGACUGUAGUAUAGGAAUACAUAUCAUGUUAGCUUUAGUAAAAGUAUUUUUAUUGUUAAAAGUGAACCAUCAUGAACUCAACACUCAGCCUGAAUAUAUGCCAGUUGUCUUUCUUAAUCAUUGUUUAGCUUAACAAUUACCACUUUUAUAUGGUUGUUUAGUUUCAAGCAAUACGAUAUAUGUUACUUUUGAGAAUCAGUAUUUUAACUAGGAUCCUUUCUGUCAGCACAAAACUGAUUAGUGUAUAAUGCCAACUGCUAUGUAAAAUGCAAGGUGAAAACAUUUACAACCAUAAUUAACUCAGCUCAUGUCAAAGGGCAUCACUUUAUUAGCAUUGGCAAUACUGUUUGUACAUGAAGCACUUGAAUGUUGUAUCUUUUAAAAGUAUUUUAUGGUACACUAUCAUAGAAACUGAAGGAAUAUAAAUAAAAUGUUUUGCUAUAGUAAAAAAUUUCCAGGUUCCCUAACAGAACUUUUAAAUUUUAAGUUUUAAUAUUAGUUAUGAGUUUAUUGCUGUACCACAUUAUGAUGGUUAUGUAUUUCAGUGUUUUGUCUUUAGCAGCAUAAUUUUUAUCUCUUUCAAAUGAUGUAACUGCAAUAAUUGUGCUCAUCAUGACUGUGGCAAUUUUUAACAGAAUUUUCAAAGUGAGCCUGUAAUAAUUAUUAUGCUGAUAAUGUUUUAAAUGUUUAGAGUCUAUAUUUUUUCUUGCAUAGCAUAAAUAGAACUACAAAAAAGACAAAAAUCACCCCACUGAGAUGGCAGGUAUAUUCCACUGUAUAUGGUUCCAAUAAACAACAUUUUAGAUCUCA